GUUCUCCGGCUUCACACUUCAGGCGAGGGGUGUUUCUCGUACAGACUGCGUAAGUCUCAAAGGUUUUUUGAGUGUACACCUUCCUUACUGAAGCACCUCCCUCGAAGAUCAACACCACUCUGUUCCCUUAACCGCCAGAGACACACCACCAGUUGUGAUGGCAGACCGUCAGCAGCCUGAGGACAGUUCCUUGCAGUGGGGCUCAGCCACAGCGCGGGACCCUGCGGCUCAGGCUGAAGAGAACGGCUAUUCAACAUACAGGACCUGCCAGCCAGACGGGGGGCACGGCGCCACUGCCCCCUACUCCGCCACCGCCACCAGCACGACCACGGAAAAUGGCUUCAAUGGGGACCUAUCUGGAAGGCCCAUAGUUCCAUCUGUUGAAGACUCAGCCAAUCUGCCUCCUUCCCCUCCACCUUCGCCAUCUGCUGAGCAAUUUGGACCAUUGGAGCAAGAUGUAGGGGAUGAGGAGAAGGCAGUCCCUCUCCAACGCUUCCAAAAUUCUCGGGAGCGGUGCAAGUUCCUCGCCCCCUCCAUCUCGGUGUCUGUGCCUGACGAUGACCCCUACCACUCUGAUGAGGAGUACUAUGAGCACCCUUUGUUCAGCCCCGAAUGGACGCACUAUGGCUGUCGCCCCUCAGGGCAAGCCGCCGCGGCCGCAUUUAGGCAGAUUGAAGAAGAGGAUACCUUUGAGGUUCUUACUGCAGUCCAUGAGGAAGAGGACAUAGAAGCAGCCGCUCAUAAGGAGCAAGAGCAGCAAACAAGUGGGAAGGAACCUGAGCUGGGACCCACAGCAAAGCUCUUAGAGCAGACAGAGGAUUUAUGGAAGACCCAUGCUCAGCCCUGUCUGCAGGUCAAAGCAGCUAGUGUAUCUACUGGGGUCGCCAACAUGAAAGCUCUUGAUUCAGGGUUGGAACACUGCCCUCAGGAAGCCCUGAAGAUGGACACAGAGAACCCCACUUGGAGGGGGCAGACCAGUCCUGCAGACACAGACUUCCCCAAGGUGGGGGGAUACCCAGAGGAGCUGACCACCCAGCUGAAGUCAAUACUGGUCCCUGCUGAUGCAAAGAAAUUUGCUUCUUCUGACAACCAUAGUACUGAACAAGUCCUAAAAGAGGAAUAUUCAUCAAAUGGACUGCACCAGUCUAAAGAAACCACUGAGCCCACCUCUAAGAAACAUGAAGAGUCAACUGGUCCAAGAGAGAGAGAUCACAAAAUGGACAGCCCCAAAGAAACUGCAGAAAUGGAUGAUAAAAUUAUCACUGGGACCACUUCUGAGGCACAGCCACUAGCUGAAGUGGUUGAAUCUAGCAGUGUUGUGGCUAAGUCUGUUGAACCUCUGAGUCAUGAAACAAGUGCGGCAUUAGAGGAGAUCAAGUCAGACACAUCGGUUGACCCGGAGAGGAUCUGUAAGAAAGGAAUGACUGAAUCUGAUGAGAAAGAAAAGGAUAUUGCUUUAGAUGCUGAACAAUUGGAUUUUCAUGAAGAACCCACUCACUCCAAACCUUGCAUGGUUCUUGGGCAAGGCAGUGUUGAGGAGCAUGAUGUUCCCUGUGUCAAAGACAGGGACAAAGCCUUUCCUCAAGAAAAGUCCACCACUGAAAAAGAAGACUCAAGGCUGCACCCUGACAUUGUUGAUCCCUCCAGUACCUUGGAUAUGUAUUUAGAGAGCAGUGAAAGUGACAAAUCUGGAAUGUCAUCUUACUUUGAGACCUCUGCUGUAAAGGAAGAUUAUUCUGGUGGACAAAAUGAAGGCUAUUAUGAGCUCACAGAUAUCACAGAGAAGAAAGCAGAGACACAACCUUCAGAAGACAGGAAGAGCCCUGUAGGGGAACUUAAAACCCAUCCUUCCACUGAAAGAAGGGAUGAAUGCAGGCUGUCACCAAGUAAGUUAUCAAUGGAUCAGAGAAGCUACUCUCUGAACAUCCCAUUUGCAUCGAUGGAACAAGGUGGGGGUCAAGGGCAGUUAAGAAACUUUUCCCCAUUAGCAACAGAUAUCUUGUCUUAUACUAGUGGAAGUUUAGAUGAGUCUGCUGACUAUCUUCCAGUUACAACUCCAUCAGCUGAGAAGCCCCCAGCUUUUCCUCCUUUUAUUCUGGGGUCAUUCACCUCUGUAACAGCUCCUCCAUGUGAAGCAACAGCUGACACAAAGGCUAGCCCACAGGCAGAGUCUCCAGAAUCACCCCUCCCCAUGAAGUACAACAAUAAAAAUACCACCAUAAUGGCCCCUGAUUUGCCUGAAAUGCUAGAUCUAGCCGGCACAAGAUCAAGAAUCACUUCAGAGGGCACUGACCAUGAAAUUACAAGGAGAAAGUCUGUACCUGCUGAUGUCUCAGCUUACAUUGGCCACUCACUGGCCCAUUUGGGUUUCAUGGACCAAAGUCAGAAGGCAACAGGAAAUGAAAGUCAAAUAGAUGAUCUUGGGUAUUGUGUUUUCAAUGAGUACUCAGGCCCCAUGCCUUCUCCUGCUGAUGUUCACAGUCCUAUGGACCCACUCCCUCCCCAGAUCUUCACCACCAUGCCUUCAGAAGAUGAAAAGGAUGUGGGCCUGAUAACAGCUGAUGAAGAGAGAGACCAAAAUGAGCAAGAACAAAAAGUUAAAGUAAAAGAUGAAACCAAGGACAAUGAGGAAGCAGCUGAAGUAUCCAGUGCCUCAAAGGAUGUUAAAAUACAGGAAUCAGUCAAAGAGCUGGGAGAGGAUAGCCUAAUAGCUGAUGCAAGAAUAGCUGCAGGAGAAAUUAAGACUGCAGCAAACAUACCUACAUCACUGUAUGAACAUGAGCCAAACAAAGUCAGCAUAAAGACAGAGCUGGCAAGUGACAUUAAAGAUCAAAUAAUUCCUGAAGUGGAAGAGCAGGACCUCUCAAGAGAGGUAUCUCCAAUCCCACCAGAAAAGUUUGGCAUCGAGGCUAAGGAGGCACAGCCUGAAAUACAGACUGAAUCUUUAAUGACUCCAACUGUUGUGCUGACCACUGAUGAAGCAAAGAUGGAGUCUGAAGAAAAUUCAAAACUAACAGUAGAAGAUCAAAUAGCUACAUAUGAGAGACAAAUUCAUAAGCUAGAAACAGAGAAUAGACCUCUAAGUGUGGAGGAAGAGCGGGAGUUACAAGAGCUAAGAGAGAAAGUAAAGGACAAGCCAGAUUUAGUGCAUCAAGAAGCCUACGAAGAGGUUGAUGCAGAAGAUGUAUAUCAGCUCACUAGUAUUGGGAAGGAUAGAAUCACAAGACCAGUAGAACCUUCACCAACUUCAUCCAUGGAAAGCACUGCAGAAGAGGAGGUACAGCAGGAUUUAAAAAAUGAGGAGGUUGCAAGCCUGAAAGCAAAAAUUUCAGGAGAAGCACUAAAGAGCAAUACAGAGGGAAAUCUCUGUGUUUCUGGACCACUGUUGGUGAAGAAGUUUGAGGAAGCACCAGAAGCAGAGGAUGUGAAAGAUUUGGAAGCAGUUUCAGAGGGCAGUACUACAGAGAAGAAACCAGAUACCGUUGAAGUAGACAUGUCAAAGCAGAAGGAGGAAGAAGUUGCUCCUAUGAUAGAAGAUGGGUUUUCUCCAGAAACAGAGCCCUUAGUACCAAUGGAGACGACAACAGAGGAACAUCUAGAUGUUUGUGAACCAGACAACUCUCAGCUGAAUAGUGUAGAAGUUUUUCCUAAUCAAAUGAAGAUAGUUUCGCCUAAGAAAGAGCCCAUAAGCCCUUCAGCAACACCAUCAGUGAGUAGCUCCACUGAAGAGAAAGUGGAUGUCAAUAUUCUUGAGAAACCCAAGGUACGAGAAGAACCUUCUGAAACAGAUUUCAUGAAACCAUCAGAGGUGAACACUGAAGAAGUGAAGGUAUUAGACAUUAAUGCACCAAGGAAGCUGGAGCAGCCGGAGGACACAGGUCAUUCCAAAGUACAGCUUACCCAAUCAGAGAGCCUAGAGGCUUUAGCCCCAGAAGUUUCUACAAAGCCAGAUGUGCCUUUUUGUACACAGCCAUGGGAGUCUGUUUCAGUCACCAGUACUGAAGAAAAAUAUAAAGUCAAAGAAGAUGACGCAGAGUUGACUGAAGACCAUGAAAGCUUGCAUGAGCUGGAAGCCCCUGCUGCUCUUGAGAAAGAUGAGAGUCAAGAGAAGUCCAGCAAUAAGACAAAGGGAGAUAAAGAGCAGUCUGAAGGUAGAGAGUUAGUGGAGACAACAGAGGCUACAGGUAGAGAGCUUGUGGAGCCCCAUGCUAUUAUCAAAUCCAUAGUCACUGUUGAGGAAGACUUCAUCACAGUAGUGCAAACCAUUGAUGAGGGGGUAGAGCCUGGUCACAGUGUCCACUUCUCCACACAUCUGGAGGAGUGUCAACAGCCUAAUGCAAAAGAGGAAGAGCAGGAUGAGAAAGACGAUACAGCCGAAUUGUCUCGAGAAAUUGAGGUGGAGGCUGCCAGUGUGGAGGAGGUUUCUGAUAUCCCUGAAUCUCAAGAUAUUCAAGAUUCUCCUUUGAAGGAAGUAGUUCCAGAGAGUGAAUGCCAGACAGAGCCUUAUGAUGACUACAAGGAUGAGACAACCAUUGAUGACUCCAUCUUAGAUACAGACAGUGCCUGGGUUGACACUCAAGAUGAAGACAGGAGUAUGGCCACGGAGCCCAUUGAGCCCCUCCCCAAAAUACAGAGUCCUGUCAAGAAGCCAGUGGUGAAAAAGCAGCCGAAGGAGAAGCCUACAGGGAGACUCAAGGGGCGUGUCUCCAGCUUGGAUCGUAAACCAACCCAAAGAGAGUUCAAUGUUGUCUUAAGGGAGGAAGCCAAAAAUAAAAAAGCAAUCAUUAAGAAGGCAGACCUUACUAAAAAAUUUGACACACAGACCCGCUCUCCAUCCCGGAAGAGUGUAUUAAAACCUGCGGUCAGACAGCCUAGGCCCAUCCAGCCGCACGCCUGUGCUAAAAGGAAACCCACAGGUUUAGGAUCACUGGAGGAUAGACAGCCAAUCAAUUUGGCUCGCCGCUCCCUGGAGAGGACCUCAGACCGCAGUUCGCGGAGUCCAGAGAAGAGAUCAUCACUUCCCAGACCCACCGCCAUGCUCAGCCACCGUGCUCCUGCUGGCAGCCAGGAUGAGAGCUCCACCUCCAUUACCUGUUCUAGUUAUACUGCACCCCGUCGCCCCACCUCCUUCCCUAGUGAUGGCAGAGCAGAGCGCAGGUCCAAACGGGCUCCCAGUAUGACAGGCAUGGACUCGACCCGCUCCCGGUCAGCCCGAAGCGGCUCGUCCACACCCCACACCCCCGGCUCGACCUCCGUCACACCCAGCACCCCUCCCAGCUACUCUUGCCGCACCCCUGGCACCCCUGGCACACCAAGCUACCCUCGCACACCAGGCACACCCAAGUCCUUGAGCCUGUCCCAGGAAAGGAAGGUGGCCAUCAUCCGCACCCCCCCCAAGUCACCUGCAACCACACCCAAGCAGCUGCGUGUCAUCCACCAGCCAUUGCCUGACCUCAAAAAUGUCAAAUCCAAGAUUGGCUCCACAGAAAACAUUAAGUACCAGCCUAAGGCAGGCCAGGUCUACAUUCAGAACAAGAAGAUCGACGUGAGUCAUGUGACCUCUAAGUGUGGAUCUCUGAGCAAUAUUCACCACAGACCAGGUGGCGGUAAUGUUCGAAUUGAGAGUGUGAAGCUGGACUUCAAAGAAAAGGCCCAGGCCAAGGUGGGAUCACUAGACAAUGCCCAUCACAUACCAGGAGGAGGUCACAUUCAUAUUGAGAGUCACAAGCUGACUUUUCGGGAAUCAGCAAAGGCACGCGUAGACCAUGGGGCAGAGAUUGUGACUCAGUCACCGGUCCUGUCAGGCACUGCCUCACCACACCGCCUCAGCAACAUCUCAUCCACUGGCAGCAUCAACCUACUAGAGUCUCCACAGCUGGCCACGUUGGCUGAGGAUGUCACUGCUGCACUGGCCAAGCAGGGCUUGUGAGCACCUAGCCCUGGCUCUGCUGUGCUCUGUCCACAACCACCUCAUCACACCUCCUCACCACAACAUUCAUUUCUUGCCAACCUUGUAAGAGAGAAGACUAGUGAACCAGAAUGUCCUUGGAUUGCAGUUACUAUGGUGAUGUAGUUUGUCGAGGUUUUUUUAAGCACCAUGUCCACCAGAAGGAGGUGCAUUGUCUGCUUUUUCUACUUUUCUAUGGUGGUAGUAAGUUAUAAUUGAUGACUAAAAGUGACUGGAUUAAGACAAGACAUUUGGUGGAUGGAAUGUUCUCCAUUAUGGCUUGGGUGUUUUAUCUAGCCUGAUGUUUUUCUGUGGUCGUUAGAAAAUAAUAGUCCCAGAGAGCAUGGAUGGCAGAAGUAAGUCAAUCUGUUGCUUAGCUGCCCGGCCUUUUCACCACCCUCCCUCCCAUGAAGUGCAGCUAAUCCAGCAUCCAGUAUGGUCAAUGUUUUUUGUAUGUGCGUAAACAGUAGACCAUCUGUCAGUGACAACUCUGCAAUUGAUAUCAAAUACCAAACACCACCUACAGUAACCAGCACCUAUACAUUUAGCUUACGAUGUGAUGAUGAGCAUGAACCAAUAAUAGUAAAUAGGGUUAUUUUCUAUUUAAAAAAAAAAAAAAAAAAGUAUUUCCACAAUCAUUUCAAAUAAAUACACUUUGCAGAUAUGAAUUCUAGAUUUACAGUGAGGGCCACUUAUCAUUGCCUGUUGAUCCAUCUAUAAAGUGUGCCUCAAGAGGGGCGCUGGAAAGCUUUAUUUCCAAUUUCGUCCUUUCCUCAUCAAAUGCUCUGGGUUGUGCUGCAGUCAGCAGCAUGAUGUUCCACAACUGCAUUAACUUCUGCAAGUGAGCAUGCAGUUGAGCAUUUUCCCCACUGAUUUUCAGGCAGAGUCCACAGCUUGCAUGAGGAGAUGACUACAGUGGCAAAUGUAACGUCAUCUCUUAACAUUAAAGUUAAAAUCUGAAAGGCUACAGCCUAUGUCCAAUGUUAACUUUAUAAAGCAGACUAAAAGGAACUUUUGACAUCUGAUAGCAUGCAUAUACCUAAAACUAUGUAGGUAGAGUUAAAACAACAUUUUAAGAGUUUUUAAAGAUAGAUAGCAGCUGUUUCAGCCGCUGAAAUAGCUUUCCAUAUGUGUCAGAGUAGGAUGUUUAGUUAGUCUUAUGCAUAGAUUAAAACAAAACUAAAAGUAAACACCAAGAAAAAUAAGAAAAGGAAAAUCAGUUACCCUGCAUCUGUAUGACAGUGUUACAGUAUAUUUUUUUCUUUCAUUGUUUGUGAUAUCCUUUCUAGGUACUCUUAUUUUGCUGCUGUGUUUUCCUGAUGUUUUGUCACCCCCUGCCCCCAAUCCAUAAACCUAACAAUGUAUACAUUUUAAAAAGAUUUUGUGAACAUGUGCAGGUUCCCUACCACUGAACCAGUACUAAUAAACUACACUCCUAAUGAAUUAUGACAAUUACAAACAAUAUGUUUAGCAUGAAGUGCUUUCCGGAGCAGCUUUAAGCAGCAACCCUUGCUUUCUGUUGGUGGCAGAUGUCUGUACUAAAACCUAGCUUUACAAACAGUUUGUGGAUGAAAGACCUGGAGUAGCAUUAUGUGUGUGUGUGUGUCUUUAUGUGAGUGUGUGUUAACACCUGAAGGGGUCAUACACAGAAGGGGCAUCCCAAGGGCAGAGUAGAAGAGCAGUUUUGGGCUAUGGCACUGCUGAGGUUCAGCUUGCAGUCUAGGAGUACCACUUGUUUCACUUUAAAAACCAUCCUUAAUAUGCUAGUCAUUUUGAAACCCAAGUACAGUACUGCAACACAACUGUGUUUCUGUAUAUAAGUAAUUAUAAGUGAAUAUUUAGAGAAAAAUUCUGAAAAUUGCAGGAAUAUCAAAUAAAAAAAGCAGUGGAAUUUCAAGUGUUCCAAUCUCAAGGGCUGCUACCCCUCAAAUCCACUGAGGAAUGGUGCUUGUGUGGUCUAUCAAUAUUACCUAUCUGGCACCUCAUAGUGCAAAGUAGCACAGGGUCCUAUAACAUCCUCAAAAUUUCUAUUGACUUUAAAAAGAUCACCCAGCUGGCUUGCAUAGUUCUCUCUAUCUUAAUUGUGUGUAAUUUACCAUGCUUUAUGAAAUUAGGUCCACUUUAGGUUUGAGACCUUUUUUCCUGCAGUUAAGGAACUUUUAGAGUGCGGAAAUAAAGAAAAAAUGUAUUUCAGCAGGCAAAAAAAGCCCAUCCUAUCAAUCAUGAUGAGGUAAAUUAUUUAGUUUAUUAAAGUACGUUACUUAAUGUGAAGGUUUGAGUUCAGGAAACAGAUAAUGGCAAAUCUGGAGUCUGACAGUCCUGGAUGUCAGACUGACUGAAGUGUUAUUAAGGCCCUUGUCCAAUGCCCCCUUCUGCUGGACCCCGCUCUCUGAGCUGUGAGCCCAUUGACCACCCAACCCUGUGACCUGCACCACCCUAUUCCAAGCCUCCUGCUGCUGUUUUACAGAUCUCAUCUCCUAUUUCUGCUGAGGUGUUCCACCUUUCUGAACCUCUGAUGGGAAGGUAGCAUGCUUCUUUCUUCAGUCCAGCUUGCAGAUGUGUCUCUUGCUGUAUUGUGGUUAAUGGCUUUUAAUCAAUAAAGAUGCUUCUCAU